GCAGCAGCUUCCUCACAGCGGAAGGAGACGACGGAUCUCCUGCAGGACAAUGUGAGACACGGGAGAGUUCAUCCAACGCAGUUAGCCGCAGCCAUGAUGGACUUGGGGAUAAUUUAGCGCGUUUUGCAGCUCGAUCUCAGCCUGAAUAAUCGUCGGGAUAUUAUUUUAGUUCCGCAGAGGAAGCGGCCGCAGCGAUGGGAGUCCUGCGCUGAGCGGAGCGCGGCGGCAGGGCCAAAGAAACGGGAGAAAGAUGGGUGUCGUGCUGCGGAGCCUGUUGUUGUGUAGUUUUUGUUUGCUCAUACGAGGCGUGCCGCUGCUCCUGUAUGCGAACCGGCGGGACCUCCGGCUCGUGGACGCGGCACACGAGAAGGCCAACGCCACGGUGGUGGUCGGGGGUUUGGAGGACGCCGCCGCGGUGGACUACGUUUACUCGCAGGGUCUCAUAUACUGGAGCGACGUGAGCGAGGAGGCCAUCAAACGCACCGUUUUCAACCAAUCGGGGGCCAGCGCCAUCCAGAUUGUGGUGCCGGGGCUGGCGUCCCCGGACGGGCUGGCCUGUGAUUGGUUGGGGAGUAAACUUUACUGGACGGACUCGGAGACCAAUCGCAUCGAGGUGGCCGAGCUGGACGGCACUCUGAGGAAAGUUCUGUUCUGGCAGGAGCUGGACCAGCCGAGGGCCAUCGCUCUGGACCCCGAACGAGGGUUCAUGUACUGGACGGAUUGGGGCGAGGUCCCAAAGAUCGAGCGCGCGGGGAUGGACGGGACGAACCGCUCGAUGAUCAUCGACAAAGAAAUCUACUGGCCCAACGGUCUGACGCUCGACUACUCCCAGGAGAAACUGUACUGGGCCGAUGCCAAACACAACUUCAUCCACCGCUGCAACCUGGACGGCUCCAACAGGGAGUCGGUGGUGAAGGGCGAGCUGCCUCACCCGUUCGCCCUCACGCUGUACGAGGACACGCUGUUCUGGACCGACUGGAACACGCACUCCAUACACUCGUGCAGGAAGCAGACCGGCGCCGAUCAACGCAUCGUCCACUCCGACAUCUUCUCCCCGAUGGACAUCCACGUCUUCAGCGCCAAGAGGCAGAACAGCCUGGCGACCACUCCGUGCUCGGUGAAGAACGCAGGAUGUUCUCACCUGUGUCUCCUCGCCCCGAUGACGCCGUUCUACCAGUGCGCCUGUCCCACUGGAGUCCAGCUGCUGGAGGACGGAAAGACCUGCAGAGACGGUGCGACUCAGAUGCUGCUGCUGGCGCGGCGCACCGACCUGCGGCGGAUCUCUCUGGACAUGCCGGACUUCACGGACAUCAUCCUGCAGGUGGACGACAUCCGGCACGCCAUCGCCAUCGACUAUGACCCGGUGGAGGGCUACAUCUACUGGACGGACGACGACGUCAAAGCCAUCCGCCGCUCGCUGCUUGACGGCAGCGAGGCGGAGUUCGUCGUCACGUCUCAGGUGAACCAUCCGGACGGCAUCGCGGUGGACUGGAUCGCCCGGAACCUGUACUGGACGGACACGGGGACGGAUCGCAUCGAGGUGACGCGGCUCAACGGCACGAUGCGCAAGAUCCUGAUCUCUGAAGACCUGGACGAGCCACGAGCCAUCGUCCUGGAUCCUGUGGCCGGCUACAUGUACUGGACGGACUGGGGCGAGGUGCCAAAGAUCGAACGAGCCGAUCUGGAUGGGAUGGAGCGCCUGGUGAUGGUGAACACGUCGCUCGGCUGGCCCAACGGCCUCGCCCUCGACUACGACGAGAGGAAGAUCUACUGGGGGGACGCCAAGACCGACAAGAUCGAGGUGAUGAAUAUGGACGGGACGGGUCGACGGGUGCUGGUGGAGGACAAACUUCCUCACAUCUUCGGCUUCACUCUGCUCGGAGACUUCAUCUACUGGACGGACUGGCAGCGGCGCAGCAUCGAGCGCGUCCACAAGCGCACGGCCGAGCGAGAGAUCAUCAUCGACCAGCUGCCCGACCUCAUGGGACUCAAGGCCACAUACGUGCACCGAGCCACAGGUACCAACCCGUGUGCAGAGAGUAACGGCGGCUGCAGUCACCUGUGCCUGUUCAAGCCGCUCGGCGUGCAGUGCGGAUGUCCCAUCGGCCUUGAACUCAUCGCCGACAUGAGGACGUGCAUCGUCCCCGAGGCCUUCCUGCUCUUCUCCCGACACACCGACAUCCGACGCAUCUCCCUGGAAACCAACAACAACAACGUGGCCAUCCCGCUCACCGGCGUCAAGGAGGCGUCGGCGCUCGACUUCGACGUCACCGACAACCGGAUCUACUGGACCGACAUCACGCUGAAGACGAUCAGCCGGGCGUUCAUGAACGGCAGCGCUCUGGAGCACGUGGUGGAGUUCGGUCUGGACUACCCUGAGGGCAUGGCGGUGGACUGGUUGGGGAAGAACCUGUACUGGGCCGACACAGGGACCAACCGCAUCGAGGUAGCCAAACUGGACGGGCAGCACCGACAGGUUCUGGUGUGGAAGGACCUGGACAGUCCCCGGGCGCUGGCUCUGGACCCCGCCGAGGGGUACAUGUACUGGACGGAGUGGGGGGGCAAGCCCAAGAUCGACCGCGCGGCGAUGGACGGGACGGGGCGGAUCACUCUGGUGGCCGACGUGGGCCGAGCCAACGGGCUGACCAUCGACUACGCCGAGAGACGACUGUACUGGACCGACCUCGACACCACGCUCAUCGAGUCCUCCAACAUGCUCGGUCUGGAUCGGGAGGUGAUAGCCGAUGACCUCCCUCACCCGUUCGGCCUCACCCAGUACCAGGACUACAUCUACUGGACGGACUGGAGCCAGCGCAGCAUCGAGCGCGCCAACAAGACGAGUGGUCAGAACCGCACGGUCAUCCAGGGUCACCUGGACUACGUCAUGGACAUCCUGGUGUUCCACUCGUCGCGUCAGGGCGGCUGGAACGCCUGCGCCUCCACCAACGGUCACUGCUCACACCUCUGCCUCGCCGUGCCCGUCAGCAGCUUCGUCUGCGGAUGCCCCGCCCACUUCUCGCUCAACUACGACAACAAGACGUGCAGCGCUCCGACGUCCUUCCUGCUGUUCAGUCAGAAGACGGCGAUCAAUCGGAUGGUGAUCGACGAGCAGCAGAGUCCCGACAUCAUCCUGCCGAUCCACAGCCUGAGGAACGUCCGCGCCAUCGACUACGACCCGCUGGACAAACAGCUGUACUGGAUCGACUCCAAGCAGAACGUCAUCCGCCGCGCGCAGGAAGACGGUAACCAGAGCAUGACGGUGGUGUCGAGCUCGAUGGGCGGAGCCAGCCAGGGCCUGCAGCUGUACGACCUGAGCAUCGACAUCUACAGCCGCUUCAUCUACUGGACGAGCGAGGUCACCAACGUCAUCAACGUCACGCGCACCGACGGCAGCCGGGUGGGCGUGGUGCUGAGGGGCGAGCACGACAAGCCGCGCGCCAUCGUGGUCAACCCGGAGAGAGGGUACAUGUACUUCACCAACCUGCUGGAGCGCUCGCCAAAGAUCGAGCGGGCGGCGCUGGACGGGACGGAGCGGGAGGUGCUGUUCUUCAGCGGGCUGGGGAAACCGGUCGCCCUCGCCAUCGACAACGAGGUGGGGAAGCUGUUCUGGGUGGACUCGGACCUGAGGCGCAUCGAGAGCAGCGACCUGUCAGGAGCCAAUCGGAUCGUGAUCGCCGACUCCAACAUCCUGCAGCCGGUGGGUCUGACGGUGUUCGGGAACCACCUGUACUGGAUCGACAAGCAGCAGCAGAUGAUCGAACGCAUCGACAAGACGACCAGGGAGGGGCGCACCAAGAUCCAGGCGCGCAUCGCCUACCUGAGCGACAUCCACGCCGUGCACGAGCUGGACAUGAGGGACUACAGUAAACACCCGUGCACGUGGGAUAACGGCGGCUGCUCGCACAUCUGCAUCGUGAAGGGCGACGGGACGACUCGCUGCUCGUGCCCCGUCCACCUGGUGCUGCUGCAGGACGAGCUCUCCUGUGGAGAGCCCCCCACCUGCUCCCCCGAGCAGUUCUCCUGCACAUCAGGGGAGGUGGACUGCAUCCCGCAGGCGUGGAGGUGCGACGGUUACCCCGAGUGCGACGACAGCAGCGACGAGGAGGACUGUCCCGUCUGCUCCGAAUCCGAGUUCCAGUGUGACAGCCGGCAGUGCAUCGACCUGAGCCUGCGCUGCAACGGGGAGGUCAACUGUCAGGACCGCUCGGACGAGAACAAGUGUGAAGUCCGUUGUCCUCCUGAUCAGUUCACCUGCUCCAACGGUCAGUGCAUCGGAAAACAUAAGAAGUGCGACCACAACAUGGACUGUACCGACAACUCGGACGAGAUCGGCUGCUACCCGACCGAGGAGCCUCCUCCUCCUCCCAACACGACCAUCGGCUCCAUCGUGGGCGUGGUCAUGGCGCUGUUCGUGGUGGGGGCCGUGUACUUCGUCUGUCAGCGCGUCCUCUGUCCUCAGAUGAAGGACGACGGCGAGACGGUCACCAACGACUUCGUGGUCCACGGGCCGUCCUCGGUGCCGCUCGGAUACGUGCCGCACCCGAGCUCGCUGUCCAGCUCGCUGCCAGGAAUGUCCAGAGGGAAGUCUGUGAUCGGCUCGCUCAGCAUCAUGGGCGGGAGCAGCGGGCCGCCGUACGACCGCGCCCACGUGACCGGAGCGUCGUCGAGCAGCUCGUCCAGCACCAAGGGGACGUACUUCCCCCCGAUCUUGAACCCUCCGCCGUCUCCAGCCACGGUCCGCUCGCAGUACACCAUGGAGUUCGGUUAUUCAUCCAACAGUCCCUCGACUCACAGAUCCUACAGUUACAGGCCGUACACGUACCGUCACUUCGCCCCUCCCACAACCCCCUGCAGCACUGACGUGUGCGACAGCGACUACACGCCGGGACGCCGAGCGCCGCUCAAGUCCAGCGCCACCGCCGCCAAGGGCUACACCAGCGACCUCAACUACGACUCGGAGCCUUUCCCGCCGCCGCCGACGCCCCGCAGCCAGUACCUGUCGGCGGAGGAGAACUGUGAGAGCUGCCCGCCGUCGCCUUACACCGAACGCAGCUACUCCCACCACCUCUACCCGCCGCCGCCAUCGCCCUGCACGGACUCCUCGUGAGCCAAACCCCCCCACACACAUACACACACCCCGACCCCCCCCCCCACUCCCCCACAGCUCCGCCCCCUCACUGUAAAUAGCAAUUGUGCAUAAAUGAGGAUAAAAAUGGGAAGGAGAGACUGAGGACGGCGAGGAGCGAGGACGAGAAAAGGAAACACGGGAGCUGCAGAACAUUUGUACAUUAAAAAGAGAAAAAGCAUAUUUAUAUAUUUUCUAUACAGUGUUUACUGAUGAUGCCAUAGAGGUUUGUAUUAAGAAAUUUGUACAUUUUUUAAGAAAAAGGUUUUAUUAAAAUCAUCACAAAUAUAAGUUGCCUUAAAGCGGGAGACAAGAAGGACACGAAGCACGCCACGAUCAGCGGACGUUUUUAACUUAUCUGAUACCAAAUAUGAAAAACACCCACAGCUGCGGGAUGGGGGGGAGGGGGGGACGCUCUGCACGGCGGCCAUCAUGUCCGUGGUUACCAUGGAAACUGGAUCAGCAGCGGCCCCGGAGGAGAUGCGGUACCGGGUCAUUGGUUUUGAAUUGACCUCCUCGUUAAGAAGCGGUUUCGGAGGGAGGCGUCCGCGUGGGCGUGAGUCUUGUGAUGAGUCGUGAUGACGUGGCGCUCUGAGUGACAGGAGGUCGUAUUUGUUACACAUCAAACAGAACGCUCCGACGAGGCCGCGGGCCGUCAGAGCGAGCGUUCAGUUUGAAUUUUUUUUUUUAAAUCUACGGAGGCCCUGAAGGGACACAAACCUUUCUGAGACAAUCACACUUUGAUUUGUUUGUAUUUCCUAAAACUUUUUUUGCACACAACAAACGUGUUUCUCUUCAAACUCGCUAAACUGUUCGCUACCAGAAGCUGCGUAGAACAAUCCGUUACACAUCAGCGCAAAACCUGAGCAGCUGUAAAAAAAAAAUUAAAAAAUAAGUGAGUUGCAAUUUGUUGCACGCCUCAAACUGUAGCGUGCACGAGGCGCCGUGUUUCAAAGUGCGUGCCACUUCCUGACGCACGCUACAAACUACACGUUGUGCAGAAGAUGUCACACUUUUGAUGACACUUCAAGUCCCUGUUACAAGUUUUCCUCUUGUGUCCCUCGUGGGCCUCCGUACAAACGCUAAAACGCCCUCCCCCCGCGUCACAUGACUCACGCCGUGGUUAAAACCAAAACGUUUGUGUUUGUGUUCGACUCUUUGUUGUCGUGGAAACGUCUUGACGCUCGACUUCACCGAGAGAGAAACGACCCAAAGCUGCGUCAUCCUCCAUGUUUUUUAUUUUGUUUAUUAUUUUUUAUUUCCGUUCUCUCGCUCGGAGGACGCGGCGUUUCACCACGAACACGAUCUGUGCCUGACCAGUUCCACGUCUUCAUAUCUGUUUUGUUUUUUUAUUUUACGCCCACGCAGAGGAAACCAGUGCCCACUAAAUGCUCGAUAGUAUUUUUGUACCGCGUUGUGUAGAUACGUAUUUAUAAGCUAUUUAGAAAUCGUUGUAAAUCUGACCUUUGAACUCUCGCAGUACUUUUCAUUCCGUCUUUUUUUAUAUUGCCUCAUUAUAUUUUUCUACAGAAAAUCACGUCAGACGUACGCCGACAAUCUCAGAUCAGUCAAUCGAAGAACAUAUCCAGGUUUCUAGUGUCUGAAAGGUCAAAGGUCGAAGGACUGUUGUGCCAAAAAGAAAAAAAUAAACGACGUGGAGGCGGACGAGGACGGCGAACACGAGGCGUCCGUUCUGUUGCCUUGAAAACAUCUUUUGUUACUUUUUAAAAAAUCUGUUUUUUUGUCGUCUUUGUGCUCGCCGCGUCGCCUCGGGAGGCGGGGGAGAGUUUUCCCUCCGCGUCGUCAAACUCUCGGUUUUCGCCGCCGACUCUCCGGAGGUCACG